AUGAAGAAGAAAUUAAAUAAAAUGAACAUAAAUAAGGCAAUAAUAUUCUUUUUCUUAACCUUUAUAUUAGUAAAUAGUGCAAAAAAAAAGAAUAUAGUUUAUAAAUCCAAUAGCAAGGACAUUUAUGAACUUAGAAUGCAAAGAAUUAACUAAAAUAAUACUAUAAAUGUUGGAUAAAUAGUGACAUCGAUAGCUUCGUGUGAUUCAUACCAUCGUAAUGUAUUUCAUAAUAGUACUUGGUCAACUUUAAUGUGCUUUGAAAGAGAUUUAUCAUAUCAAAUUUCAGCUUCAACAGCAAAGCCAAAGCAGAAAAAUCAAGAAUUCCUAAAUUUAGAAAUAAAUAUAAAUAGCCCUUGGAGCUGGAUAGCUGGAUUUGAUUGUAUGGAGUGUUCAUAAGAGUUAGAUAGUUAUACUUAUUAAAGUCUUUCUUAGGUAUAGUGCGAAGAGAAAUGCGAAAUAUCUAAAGUUAAUAAACUAUCUAAAUUUAAUCCUUUCAAAAUCAACUAAAACUAGGAGCUAAGCAAGAAUGGAGGUAAGAAAGCAGCAAUAACUACAUAAGAUAGUGGCAUAUAUGGAAUCUUUCUAAAUUAUAUGAUUUCAUUUAUAGCAUAUAAUCCUAAUAGAAAUAUAACAAUCAAAGAUACUGUCAAAGAGAAACUUUCAUUUGGAUCAUAUAAUGCUUUAGAAGAUCUUACCACAGUCAAAAAGCUUAAAGUUUUGCAUGCUCAAAAGCUUUCUAACAUUUAAUAAAUAGCAGGACAAGGUUCGAUAGGACUUGGUAGAUUAGAUAUUGAAUUCGAUAGCAAAAAUAUAGAACCAGAAACUCAUUUUUUGAAGUAGUUGAUUGAAAGCGUUGAUGUUGAAGAAUAAGGAGAUAUGGUCUUUGGAAUUUAUAUAAAUAGAUAAAAUAAAGAAAUUUAAGAUUUUGCUUUAACAUUAGGGGGAUAUAAUGCUGAAUACUCUAGUGAAGUGGAUAUAGAAAAAUACUUUGUUGAUUUAAGAAUUAAUAAAAAAAAGAGCAAUUAUCAAUAUAUACUUCCAUUAAACUCUAUUAAUGUUUUAGGCGAAUCAUUUUAAUUCACUGAAGCAUAUAUCACUCUUAGCAGUUCCUUUUUAAUAAUACCUUUUGAAAUUCUGACCAAGAUAGUUAGCUAUAUGAAUAGCAAUUAUUCUAUGGGUUGCUCAAUAGUGGAUAAAAAAUACUUAAUGGUUUUCUGUACUGAUAUUGUGCCAAGAGUCUUUAAUGAUAAGGAAGUUAAUUUUUAAUUUGAUAAUCUAGCAAUCAGUAUACCUUUUAAAGAUUUUUUGCAUGUUUGUAAGCAUGAUAAAAUAGCCUUAUUCAAUCAAGAUAUCUCCUAAUCAGUAUCUAAUUAAUGUAUUUUAAAUAUUGCAUCAUCUCCUGAUAAUAAAGUUAUCCUAGGUGAAGUUUUUUUAAAUAAAAGAUACACAAUCUUUGAUAUAUAAAAUAAUCGUAUUGGAUUUCUUCCACCUCAGACAGUAAAUUUCUUCAGUGACGAAAAUGAAAAAAGAGCUUUUGUAGAUCUUCUCAUGAAAAUAGUAACAUUUAUAUUUAUAGCUGGAAUAGUAGCUCUUUAUUUUAUGAACACCAUUUGGAAGAUUUUAAAAUCUUUCUUGAAUUAUCUAGGAAAGUUAAUUGACAUUUAAAAACUUCCUGCAACAAAUAAAUACUCUUCUACAUAAAAUUAGUAAUUCUAGUAAAUUAGUCAAACGGAGGGUAUUGAGAUCUAAAACAAUAGCUUAAACUAUUCAUUUGACAAUAAGUUUAAUGUUAGUGAUAAAAACCAUCCAGUAGUGGUUCCUGCAAAUGUUAUUCCAUCUUUUAAAUUACAUCCUUAAAAACGAAAGAUUUUUGAAACAAAAAUUCAAAAACCAUAAAACAACCCAAACAAUUAAUAACAAAAGGAAUAAAAUAAUUUGAUAGACGAUAAUUCACCUAAAUUAGAGAAUAUCGAUUUGUUAUGA